AUGGCCAAUCUUUACAAGAUUGAAAAUCUUGAUAAUCUUUUACAAUGUACAAUUUGUCUUGAACGUUUUCGAAUACCAAAAGUUCUUCAAUGUCAACAUACUUUUUGCUUAGCAUGUUUACAAAACAUUUAUGAUACAGAAAAUCAAACAUUAAUAUGUCCAAUAUGUCAACAAAAUAUCAAAUUAACUGAAAAUCUUAAUGAAUUACCGAAUAAUUUUUUAAUAAUAAAUUUACUGGAUAUUCAACCAAUAAAAGGUAAAUGUUCAUCAUGUCAAAAAAUGGAAAUAUUAACAUUAUGUGAACAUUGUAAUUAUACAAAAUGUAUAAAUUGUAAUGAAAAACAUGUUGAUGAUAUACGACAAUCGAUUAAAACAACAUUGAAUAAAUUAGAAAAUAAAAAUCAAUAUCAAUUAAAAGUUUCUAUUCAUAAUUCUUUUAAGAUUAUAAGAAAUAAAAUAAAUAACCAAUUUCAAAAUAUUCGUCAACAAAAUUAUACAAAUUUAUUAAAAAAACAAAUUGAUAUACUUGAACAACUUGAAUUCUAUGAACAAAAUUUAUUAACCAUUAGUUGUUCAUUUAAUUUAUUUCUAAAUUUUGACCAAUUUGCUGCUUUAAAGUUAAGGGAUAAUCUUGGAGAUGCAGGUUUGGGUUCAGAUCCAAUUGGUAUAACAAAGGUUAAUGACUCAUUAAUUAUUCAAUACGAACGAUCGGAAUCUGAUUUACGAAAUAUAACAAUGCAUCGUGAAGAUGAAAAUCGAAAAUAUAGUCAAGAAUUUGAAAAUUUAAAUAAUGAAAUAUUUGCAUUAAAAGGCAAUGAAGUUGCUUUAUUAAAAGAUAUUGAUGAAUUAAAAGAAAAUCUUUUAAUUAUUUCUAAUGAACGUAAUGAUAUUCGAGAACAAAAUAAUAAUUAUCAAAAUGAACUUGAAAAUAUACAAAAACUUCUUUAUGAUGAAACAGAAUCAGCUUCAAAAUCUUUAUCAAAAGUAACUUUAUUAAAUCGACAACUUGAUGAAGAACGUAAACGUUCAAAUGAUUCAAUAAAUCAAUUAAAUGAUCAACAAAUGCAAUUAAAAAGUGCUUUAAUAACAAAUGAUACAUUGAAAAGUGAACUUAAUCAAGCUCGUUUACUUAUUCAAGAUCAUACUAUUAAAGAAAGUGAUUUUAAAAAAACUUUAAAUCAAAUAAAUAUUUUAUUAGAUGAAAAAAUCAAAUGUUUAGAUGAUCGUCAACAUGAAAUUGAAACAUCAAAUCAUCUUAUAUCACAUCUUCAAAUUGAUUAUGAAAAAUCUAAAAAUGAUUUAUCAAUUUCACAUGAUCAAAUUGUUCAAUUAGAAAUUGAAAAUCAAACUAUUAAACAAAAUUUAUUUGAAAAAACAAAUGAAUUAACUUUAGUUACAAAUCGUAUUCAUCAAAUUCAACAAGAUUUUCAUACAUAUGAAAAAAUACAUCGAUUUUCAAAUGAUGAAUAUUAUGAACGUGAACAAAGAAUUAAAUCUAUUGAAAAUGAAUUAACAAAUAUUAUUUCAAAUUAUGAUAAACUUAAAAAAGAACAUCAAAUAUUAAAUGAACAAUUAAAUAAAUAUCAAUAUGAUUUACAAGAUAUUGAAAAAUCUGAUAGAUUACAUAAAGAACGAUUAAUACAAUCAAUGGAUGAAGCAAAAAUUUAUAAACAAAAAUUAGCUUUACUUGGAGAUUGUUUUGGAACAGUUGUUCGCAAGGCUUCUGAAAGCAGUGAACGAUGGGCAAAUAUCAGUACGCAUGUUGAUGAACAAAUAAUUGAUUUGAGUGGUGAUGUUGAUAGACUUGCUUCAAUUGAUGAACAUUUUGAACAAUCAACAAAAGUGUUAACUCAUUUACGAGGUCAACAUGAAGAUAUUCUCGCAGAAUUUUUAUCAGUUAAAAAAAUUGUUGAAAAAACUAAUUUAUAUUUACGUGAAUAUAAACGUAAAUGGUUACAAAUCAAUGAUGAAAAUCGUCAUUUACAUACUGAAAUAAAACGUUUACGUAAUAAACUUGAUGAUUUUCAUCGAGCAGAAAAUUUAAUGCAUACAAAAAUUGAUGAACAAGAUAUUCUUUUAAGUCAAUUACGUAAAGAACUUAAUAAUGAAGUUCAAGUUCAUUCCGAAGCACAAAUAACUAUUGAAAAAUUAAAACAUACAUUAAAUGAAACAACAUUUAAACAUGAUCAAUUAAUGAAAAAUAUGAUGAAUUCUAAUAAAAAAAUUGAAAAAUUUGAAAAUGAUAUUGUUGGAUAUACAAGUGAAAAUCAUUUAUUACAAGAAACAGUAGAAAAAUUAGAAAAACAAUUAAAUAAUCUUCAUAUACAAAAUCAAUCAUUAGAAAAUACAUUAGAAUUAAAUCAACAUUCUUAUCAUGAAAAAUCUAAUGAAUAUGAAUCAUUGUUAAUCUCACUAAAAGAAGCAAAUCAAAAUUCAUUACAUUUAUUAGAAAAGAGAGAAACUGAACUUAAUACAACACAAUCAGAAAUACAAACAUUAAAAUAUGAACAAUCUGCUAUUAUUUCAAAGAAUCGUUUUUGA